AAUACUGUUUAUCUCUCCUUUUCCUCCUAGUUUCCAAGAAAUGCUGUUGAAUGGAUGGAGGUUGGGCAGAAAUUUCAAGACCAAUGGAAUUUCCCCAAUUGUGGGGGCGCAAUUGAUGGGAAACACAUAAGGAUCUCACCACCCCCCAAUUCUGGUUCUUACUUUUAUAACUAUAAAGGCUUUUUCAGCAUUGUCCUUCUUGCCGUUGUCAAUGCCAAUUAUGAGUUUUUAUAUGUAGAUAUUGGAAAAAAUGGACGCAAUUCCGAUGGAAGUGUGAUUGAACACACUAAAUUCUACAAAUUACUUCAAAGUGGGUCUCUGAAUCUGCCAUCCCAAAAUGAGACCAUGGAAGGUCUAAAGUUUGUGUUCGUGGCAGAUGAUGCAUUUGGUUUAGGAGACCAUCUCCUCAAACCCUUCCCACAGCGCAACCUGACCCCUGACCAAAGGAUCUAUAAUUACAGGUUGUCAAGAGCACGUAGAGUGGUGGAAAACGCGUUUGGAAUAUUGGCCAACCGUUUCCGUAUAUUCCAGACGACCAUUAAUCUAUCUUUAAAGAAAAUUGACCAAAUUGUGCUAUGUUGUUGUGUACUACAUAACUUCCUGCGGCGACAUGCACAGGGAUACAUUCAUGCGGAUCAGCAAAAUGAUCGCGGGACAAUCUCAUCAGUCCAAGUUGUGCGAGAUAGCAGCAAUGCCAGACCGACACAAUUGACACCACUGGCUCUGCCACAUUCUAGGCUGCCAUCCCAAAGUGCCCGUCAAUGCCGCCUGGACUACAUGAAUUAUUUUAUAGGUCAGGGGGCAGUGUCAUGGCAGUAUGACAUGUGACAUGUUUUAAUACAGGACAAAUCCACUGUUCACACUCCAUCUCUUUAAAAGGACUGUUUGUCAAGUUUAAUGCUUAUAUGUGUUCUUUUGCUCUUGGAUGACAUUGCCAUGUCAAUAAAAAAAAAACCUGAGUAUUUGUUUGUAUGUUACAUAUUAUUGACAUCUUUGCUAUCAACAUCUUUGCUCAUUAGUUCCACGUCAUAUUGGGCACCCAGUGCCACCAAAGUGAAAUCAUCAUGUGCCAACUUCAAAUCCCAACAAGUGCCACCUAUCAGUGACCACUGUGGACACCUAGCAAUGGUCACUAGUUUCACAUGUAACUGCUCUAAUCAUGCAUUUCCGCGCCCACCUUUAAAUAGACUUUAGUAUCAUAUUUUAAUUGCCCAUCUGUGACCACUUUUCUAUGGGCACAUUGUGAGUUCUUCACCUCCAAAAAAUACCCACACCAAAAAAUGCAUCAAAAGCUCCUGAUAAUCGUACACACCUCAUUCCAGGGAAAUUAUUUCAUAAUGAAAUAUUUCACGGUUCACACUGUGCCUUUUCCUAAUUUGGAGUAAUAAACACAUCAUGUGGUGGGAACUAACUGUUUAAAACACAAAAAAAAGGAUCAAGUUCAUGACAUGAUUCUGCUUUUUAUUAGGUACCCACAAAACCCGUUGUGAAAUCAAUGACAAAGUUAAACUAGAUAAAUUGUACAGCCAUGCCAACAGUUGACCAAAACCAUUAAUAGCAGACUAUACAACAGACAUUCCGUGCGCGCAGCCUACGAAGAUACGUUGUCUACGCACUACGUUCGCAUCGUAGUGACGUCAUAAUAAACGGACGGCAGACGUACGCUCGUGUGGUGAAUGAUAACCGGGCGCGGCAACAGCGAACGCUCCCGGAAAGAACGCUGCUACGAAUUGUAGUGCCGCACGAACUGAGGUAAAAUGUUGUGACAAUGUUGCUGGAUGUUAUGUAAAUAUUGUAUAACUUAACCAAUUGUCAGACCUCAUUAAAACCUUCUCUUGCAGGAAUCAUGCCGGACAAGUUCACCUCCCCUGAUUUUUUAUCCCAGUUCAUUGAAAUGUACAGGCAGCUGCCCUGUUUAUGGCAAGUAAAAUCUAAAGAUUAUUCCAACCGUGAUAAAAAACAUGAAGCCCUGAGUAAACUUGUCGAACUGUGUAAAGCGGUGUGCCCAAAUCCAACAAUUGAUUAUGUGAGGAAUAAAAUUGCCAAUAUACGAACCGUAUUCAAAAAAGAACUGAACAAGGUUCGUGUUUCACAGACAUCUGGGGCAGGAACAGAUGAAAUUUAUGAACCACGGCUGUGGUAUUAUGACAGUCUGCGCUUUCUGACAGACCAGGUUGAAGCCAGAGCAUCAGUGUGCAGCCUUUCAGGAACAUCUGCUGCAUCUCCAAACUCAGAGGAUGAGGAACAGGACAAUGUAGAAGAUCUACCCAUAUCACAGCUUCUGCAGGAGCAAGAAUCACAAGAAGACAUGUUCACGUCCAGGCCUGCUCCUCCACCCCUGGCUAGGAAGAAAAAAAGAAGUCUAGAUUCGGCUACAUGUUCCUUUCUGGAUAAGGCUGCAUCGGCAUUGCAGAACAAGUCCGAUGAAUCUGAUGGGUUCGGAGUCAUGAUUGCCAACAAGCAUAGAAAAAUGACUGACCAACAAAGAGAAUUUGCAGAGAGACUGGUUUUAGAAGUUCUUGCAAAGGGUAUCAGAGGAGAAUUGAGCGCUAAAACAAAAUUAAUAGAGGAACAGCCACCAACAACUUACCAGGCACCCAUGCAUUUUGCCCAAACGCAAGCAUCCAACCACCAGACUGGACAAUGGCAAUAUCCCUCCGGCCAAGUUCAUAGUUCUCCUUGGGGUACAACUUAUACCAACAUAUAAUUUUUCAUCAAAUGUUGGAGUUGUAGUGUAAGCUUUUAAUUUUUCAAUAAUAAAUAUUACACAACGUAUGCCUGAUCUAUGUUGAGACAAUACAUUGUGAAAUAUUUAACACAUA